CACUCGAGAGACAGCUGGGGCCGGCCCCUAGGCUGCGAGAAGGAGCCGGGCACUCCUUGUGGCGCGGCCUCCGCCGACUUGGCGGCGGCGACGGCGCUCGGGUGUCGGCGGAACCCAUGCGCGAGGCCGCUGUUGCAGCUCGGCGCGGGGCCGCAGGGGGGCGGACGCGUGUGCGCUUGCGUGGCGGCCCUUCCGGCCCGGGCAGAGGCAGGAGCAGCUUCUGGAAGUGCAGGAACGUGGCGUGUGGAUCCCUUGGCGACUCCAGUCGAGUAACCGUGCGGGAUACCUUGUAGGCGGGUUGAAGCCUGGCCCCGGACUCCACCCGCCGCUGGCGCUAGGAGAAGAGCGGGAACCUCCUGGGCUGGGUGUCCUCAGCUUGGCCCUCAGCCAGCGGCGCUGAAAAAGAUACGGGGGAUAGGGGUUGGUGAGGAGAUGCAGGUGAAGUAGGUUUCUUUACAGAUCCAGCGCCUUUAAACCCUGCGUACACUUUUUUAAAAAUGAAGAAAUUAAAGCUUAAGGAACUAGAGAGUCGCCUGCAACAAGUGGAUGGAUUCGAAAAGCCCAAGCUCCUUCUAGAACAGUAUCCUACCAGGCCGCACAUUGCAGAUAACAAUCAGUUGUUUCAAACCCAGUGUGUAACACACACAAUAGUUGUGCUAGUUCUUUGAGAUACUAUCUCCAAAGACAUUAACACCUGCAGCAGUAAUCAACAGCACAGUUGACAUCCCUGUAAUUGUGUGUUCUGAUAAAACCUCUGGAUCCUGGGGCAUCAGUGAUGGCCAGCAACCUUUGCAUGUAUGCUCUAUACAAUCCAUAAUACAUAUGAUGACAUUGAAAAUAAAGUGGUUGCAGAUCUAGGAUGUGGUUGUGGAGUGCUUAGCAUUGGAACUGCAAUGCUAGGAGCAGGGUUGUGUGUUGGAUUUGACAUAGAUGAAGAUGCAUUGGAAAUAUUUAAUAGGAAUGUAGAAGAGUUUGAGUUAACAAAUGUAGACAUGGUUCAAUGUGAUGUAUGCUCAUUAUCUAACAGAAUGGCCAAAUCAUUUGAUACAGUAAUUAUGAAUCCUCCCUUUGGGACCAAAAAUAAUAAAGGGACAGAUAUGGCAUUUCUGAAGACUGCUUUGGAAAUGGCAAGAACCGCAGUAUAUUCUUUACACAAAUCCUCAACUAGAGAACAUAUUCAAAAGAAAGCUGCAGAGUGGAAGGUCAAGAUAGAUAUUAUUGCAGAGCUGCGAUACGACCUGCCAGCAUCAUACAAGUUUCAUAAAAAAAAAUCAGUAAGUCUCUUGAUUCUGGUUUAUCCACAUUCAGUACUGAAACACUUCACAAUAAGUAAUUAUUUCUAAUGUUAUCAAGUUGCUUGAGUAAAUACAGAAAGCCAGCAUAGAAGAUAAAUAUUUAACUAAAACAGAAUGGGCCUAUAAUCACAACAGCCAAUAUGCUGGUAAAUUAAAAAAAAAAAAAAAAAAAAACUUAGUUUAUUUUUAUGCAGUAUACAUUUUAUUACUUUGUAUUAAUACAUUCUCAUAUUACAAAGGCAACUUAAUGGAAGAAUGUUUCUUUUGAUAGUUGAAUAAUCCAAAAGAACACAAACAGAACUGCACGUUAAAAAACAUAUUUCAAUAACAAAAGACAAGUUCAACAACAACAACAAAAAAAUCUUCUUUCUUACAGGUAGACAUCGAAGUGGAUCUAAUUCGGUUUUCUUUUUAACAGCCUCCAAAGACAAAAGCAGCUUAAAAUCUAAUUUAAAUGAAUAAAAAAUUUGUUUAUCAAA